AUGCCCUCGUCGACAAGCAUUCCUUUCGGAUCUUCCUCUUUGAGAGGAUCGAGUCGAGAGACCACUCCCACUCAUGACUAUCAAGAUGAAGAGUCGGACAUGAUGAAAAGCUCAGCAAAUUCUUCACCGUUUAUUCAACCGUCUCCCAUCAAUAAUAACAUGAUUUCUUCUCCGAGAAAUUUUACUUCCGACGAACAAAACACAACCAAUAAUUCAUCCUUGAAUCUAGGUUUAAAAUCUAAUUUAAUGAAUAAUAGAGAAAAUUUUUCAAAAUAUCCUGAUCUGCCCAAUUUUGAGCUCUACGAGUUCGAUGAAAUGGAGGAGGUGCUUGAGCGAAUCAUUAAGGAAAAUGAAUUUGUUGAGGAGGAAUUGUAUAUUUAUGAAGCGUUCUUAAAGAAAAUGUCGGAACGAUCUGGAGUUACAGCUGCGGCAGCUUCCAACAGCACAGACAAGGAUAACCACAAUUCAUCAUCAGCACUCAUCAACACGAGUAAUGUUCGUGCAUCAUCAGAUACUCAAAACAACCCUAAUCAAGUCUCACAAGAUAAAAGCAAACAUGAAUCCUCGAAAACGAACAUCCAAAAGUCUCAACAAGCACCAAAUAACAAUUCUGGAGGCCUAACAGCAGAAUCCAUGCAAGAUGUGACCGGCCCUCUUGAGAACCGCCUCGUUCGAAGAAAAUCCAUGGACAAUAUUUCUGUUUCGUCAUUCGACGAUGCAAGUGACGAUGCAAGCAGUGUGGUGAGUAGUGGAACGACAAACACGGCCGGAAAAAAGAAGAAGAAACGAAGACAGGCAGUUCAAGAAUAUCAAUUGACGUAUGAAAACAAAAUUGAAAUUGCCCUUAAAGCAAUUGACAUUCUCCGAAACACAAUCGAAAAGGAAAACAAAAUAUAUGAGAAAGAAAUUGAAAGUAUGCGAGCUCGAGUUCAAGAAGCAGACUUGGAAAUUGAGGAGGUAGACAAGGAGCACCUUGAAUUUCGAAAAGAAGUCGUAGAACCAAGAGACAAUGGAAAGAAUGCAAAAGACGGAGGGCUCUAUUCACAAUUCAUUGCCGCUGAAAAAAUUGUACAGUACUUUAAGAAUAAGCAGCAACAAAAGGACACUCUUAUUCACAAAUUGAAACUGAAAAUAAGUGAAGUAAGGGCCGUCGUUAACAAAUCGAAAGGUCAACUCGAGUCACGAGAGCAAUCUGGUGAUCAACUAACUAAAACUGAUUUCGAUCAACUCAAAAUUGAGAAUGGACUCAUGAAUAACAAAAUCGAUGAGAGGAACAAUGAACUUGUCGAGUUAAAGCUGAACACGGGGGCUCUUUUACAGAAACUCUCUGCCCUCACUGAAAAACUCAACAAACUCACUCAAGAUUCUAAAUGGUAUCAAAAAGAAAUUGAAAAGAACAGAAAGGACUUGGAAUCACUCAAGGAAGAAAUUGAGUUCGUGCUCAAGGACAAGGACAUUGAAUUGAGUAGAAAUCAGAAAAUGGUUGUCCAGCACGAACAAGUAAAAGUUCCUGAAAUUCUCACCUACAUUAAAAUGAAAGCAGAACUCGAUCAAGUCCGUAAAGAGGUCACGAAUUGGCAACGAAAAGUAGAAAUUCAAUCCAUGAAUGAGAGCAAAUUGCGAAAGAAACUGCAAGGUCUCUUGAUGAGCAAUGGAAAUCCAAGAAUUGCCUCAGCAGGAUCCUCUAAAAGUGACUCGAGUUUGAGUGGAAUACUGACAACCAACAACCAGCUCUCAAAUAAACAACUUUUCAAAUAG